CACUCGUCACCAUUGGGCUUUAGCAUGAGGCUGCUCGCAGUUCUGCUAAUAUCAGCGGUGUCCCCUUACUGUGGGGGAUCGUGGUCUAUAAACUCCAAUUGGGCCACUACGACGCGUAGUACCCCGAAGGCGAAACGACAGCAUGCCAGCUACGACCUAUAUUAUUAUAGACCAGUACCCCCUCCACCAACGUCGUCCUCCAUUUACUAUGGCGGCUAUUGCCAAUGCCCACCAGGAAGGCCAGGACCUCCUGGGCCCCCCGGUCCAGCCGGCCCACCUGGUGUGGAAGGCGUUUCUGGUGAAAAGGGUGAACGCGGAGAUAGUGGGCUACGUGGCCGGAAAGGAAAUCGAGGAAAAGCAGGACCAACUGGACCAACUGGUCCGCAAGGACUUACUAGAAAAUAUUCAACGCAUCUAAGAAAGAAUCCCCCAACAGUAGUUUUUGUACCAUCGGCCAAACUGCAAGAACCAUCGUCUCCGGUUCGGGCACAUCCAGCUAAAAUUGAAUCACCAAGUGUGAGUUUUAGUCUGCCGACACGUACACAUUGGUCUCAGAAACAUGACAAUGUUAUUCCCAGUCAUAAGAAAAUUCGCAAAACAAACCGACAUAAGACACCGCGACCAAUGAUAUCACCUUUAGAUGCAAUGAAAACUCCGAGUGUUAGUUUCAGUGGCGAUCAGUGGAUCAAGAAAGACAAAAAACACAACCGCAAACAGACGACUUUUAAAAGCCCCACUGGUGCCUUAAAUUCAAAGCGGAAAAUAAUCAACCACAAGAGCACGGUGCCUUCUAACUCUGGAAGCAGUAGCCCGGAGAUCAUAGAAAACUCAGGAAGCGCAAGUGCCACAAAUCAAACAAAUGGCCAAUCAGAGACCACGUCCAUUAAGUCUUCUAGUAUCAUGAAUUCCAGUCUGGCAACUGUAAUUAAUAGUCCCAACACGAGUAUCAGACAAGUGCAAUCUACCAGCCAGCAGUCGACGCACAACAUAGGCAAUACAAUUAAAGAUUUAAGCGACAGACAAACUGUCUUGUCUAUAAAUCUACCAAGUAAAAAGGUGCCCAUCGAGCAAUAUAAGACGGGAGAAAUAAGCCUAAAACCACAACAACAGUCAAUCCUAAUGAAUAAUGUUGCGGAUAGCGAUAGCCACACUAAAAGCACCACGAUGGCUGCUGACAUCGAAAAGAAUUUAGAGACUACUAUGGCUACCACACAGAUUCCACUAGAAGAAAUAACUCUGCUUCCCAAUAUUCCUACAGAAAACGAAGAAAGCGAAGUGCCGAUUCUACCUUUAACCAAUACUGAAGCGACACCAAUCGAAAUCGAUAGUCUAACAACGCAGACAGCAGAUGUAACCGGGGCUACUUCCGUUCCUGAACUUUCCAACGAUUCGGAUGAUGGCUUAGAUGACAUAGUGCGGUUGACAACAGAGACAAAAGACGACGUGGAGAACACUUCCACUCAGACAGAAAUCACAACAGACAGCCCUUUAAAUGGAGAUGAUAUUCCCAAAACUACAUCAUUGGAGCUUCUAUCAGUCCUUGACAGUGCAGAAUUAACGAGAGAUGGUAUGUUCAAGGAGACCAUAGUACCCUUCGCAACAGCAAAUAGAACUGACUCGAAAACUCAAGAAUCGGGGUCAGAAGUGUCGGUGUCCGUCGAGACGGAAAGGCCGAAAGAUCUGGAAAGUAGACUAGAUGUUCGAAUCGUGUAUGACAACUCAACGCCAAAUUGAUAGUACGUAUUAAAAAGGAAU